AUUGACGUGCACUGAAGAACACCAGUACAGCGUGCUCGAUCCAACAUGUGGACAUCGUAAUGCUCCUUUCUCGUGUGCACAUGGCUGGAAAGAUCGCCCAUGUAAAUGCGAUUCCCAGUGUGUGCUUUAUAAUGAGUGUUGCAAGGAUGCCGAAGACAUGUCUGCUGCUGGAACGUUGGAAACAAACAAGAUAUACCCUCACUCUGUUUAUGACUCCAUACCUGAGAGGAUGGCUUGGGAAGAUGACUUUUUCCCGUAUAUCUCAUGUGCUACCGUUUCUGGUAUUGAUUACAACUAUGGAAGCAAUAUUACCAUCCUUUCUCACUACCAGAUGAUUUCUAAGUGCCCCUCCUAUGUCCUUGCCCAUAGCGUAAUCCGUACCAAGUGUGAGAACCCGCAGGAACCCGACGAAGAAUUGUACACACCCGUUACUGUUGAAAGCAUCGGUCACUUUAGAAAUUUUUAUUGUGCAUUGUGUCACGACAUUUCUACCGGUAUCGAGUUUUGGAGUUGGAAAUGGUACUGUGGUGAUAUUGAUGAUGGUAUUGUUAGUAGCAGUAGUAGUAGUAGUUCCACUGGAAGCAGUAGUGAUUCGAAUGAAAAUCGAACCCAAUACACAGAAAAAGAACUGAUACAACAAUACUGCUCUAAACAACUCAGACCGUCAGAAGAUAUACCAAGUGAUAUGUACGCUCGGCAUUGUUAUCCUGGAGUAGAUGUGACUUCGUGUUCUUUAGAACCUACGAAGUGUCCAUCAUACCUGGCACCUAUAGUACACAAUGGUACCAUCUACCAGAAUCUACACUGUGCUUAUUGCAAUGGCAUUGACGUAUGUGCAGACUAUCGGGAUUUGUGCAAAUCGAUCACAUUUGAUGCCACAUACAUAGUCGGUGUGGGGACUGCAUUUGCAGAAUUCUUUAACUUUAUUAACAGAAACCAGGAAUUGGCAUGUGCUGAAAAUGAAGCCUUUGACCCACUGUCAAGCAAAUGUCAAUUGCUCUUUUGUUUCACAGGAUUUGAAUACAACACGACAAGAAAACAGUGUGAACGUCUACCGGUAGAUGAGAAAGGAGGGAUAUGCGUUAUGUUCUAUUCUCUCCAGGAUGAAGUGAAUAUGACGUCAUUGGACACUCAAUACCUUCUGGCAACGGUAAAUAAUCUCCUCAUUCAAUCACCACUGGACACACUGACGUUCCCUUCCGUUGUGUCGGUGCCUGACAUUUCCUGUAUCCCCACUGGUGAUUCGGAAAAUGACUCUCGUCAGUCAAUAUGUAAAGUGUGCUUUGACACUGAAAUGAACUUUACUACACUACCCCAAACGUCUUUGGAGUUCUAUCAGGGUACUGCAGGUAUCAUAACCAAUGCAACGUCCACUUCGUACAUGCCUUCAUUCGGGAACCUGUCGAUGAUAGAAUUGCUUAUUGAUGUUCCUGCAGGAUGGGACUGUGUGUCCCACAACUCCUGGACAUUUUCAGAUUAUGGCAAACCCACCCUGCUACCAUUCCGAAUUAACUUUACCAGAGAAAGGGCAGAUUAUAUCAUGAGUGUCUCCAGCAUAGGUGACGUUUGCACAGGCAACACCACCAGACUUGCUUGCGACACAUAUGUCAAACUAGAUGCGAGUCAGUUUGAGAUUGUGAAAAAUCAGUCACAAGUAUUUCUCCAUUUCACCGGCAAGGAUACAGUCCUGUUAGAUGAUGAGUUUCAAAUAGGUCAAGAUGGUUCAGCUCUUUACUGCCGGAAAGUUCCUGCUUAUGAAGAACGCAAUUUACCUCCUGGCCUUGACACUAUGAACACCAUAGGAAAUGCACUGUCUGUUGUUUCAGUACUGAUUAUCAUAACAACCUAUACCCUCUUUCCUAAACUUCUCAACUUGGCUGGGAAAUCGGUCCUUACCUUAUCUGUUGCCCUCUUACUCACAUUUUUAUUAGUGUUUGUGAGUGGAGUGAGCACGGAACAUGAUGGCUUCUGCAAAGCAGUGGCAGCCAUUACCCAUUUCUUCUGGCUCGCUAUCUUCUUCUGGAUGAAUGCCCUUGCCAUAGAUCUAAAUCGCACAUUUGGCACCCGUGUCAAGAUUAGAGUUGCCAGUAAAUCUCAAAGAUUCUACGUUUGGUACUCCCUCUAUGCCUGGGGCGUACCGGCUUUGAUCGUAGGUGCUUGUCUGGUCAUUGACCUUUGUGGCUGUACUAAUCUGCGAUUCAGCUACGGCAAUGAUGAGCUUUGUUGGUUGUCCAGUGGCGAUGCAAAUCUGUAUGCCUUUGGUGUGCCUCUGUUAGCACUUCUGUUCCUGAAUGCGAUCUUGUUCAUAGACACGGUGGUUGGAAUUAGACUUACCAAGAAGGCCUCAGAGAAAGCACUUAAGAAGCGACCAGCACUUGCUAAAGCCAAAGAAGAGUUAUCACUGUACAUCAAGUUAUCUGGUGUGAUGGGUUUUACGUGGAUCCUGGCCUUCAUCUGUGAAUACGCCAAUGUCCCAGAACUCUGGUACCUCUUCACUGCUGUCAACUCAUUGCAGGGUGUCUUCAUCCUCCUUGCUUUUGGAUACAACAAGCGAAUCAUCACCUUGUGGAAGGUGAAACUUGGAAUGCAGAAGGAGCUCACCUCCAGUACUAGUGAUAAUAAUACAAAGAGCACCAGUACCGGUACCACCCGGGCUGAGAAGUAGCCACAGUGCUAAAGGCCAUCGCACACCUAACGAUUGGUUUGGGACCCGAUUUCGAAAUUAAACGUUGGAACAUUUGAUGCGAAUAUUUAGACAUGGAACAUCUUACUGUGCAAGGUUUCAUAUCAUUGUACAACUUUUCUUCAAAACAAUGAAUAUGUCAACCUCCUUUUCGGAAUAAAAGUUAAUUCAGCUUUUACUCCAUACUAAAGGCUUGCAAUAAAAAAUUAGUAUUCUUACAGUUAAUUUGAAUCUCAAAAAUUAUCUUGAAUUCAUUAAUAUUACAAGAAAAUAAACAAAAUACAUUUUGAUCCAAGAUUGAAUCGUAGAGCAGUCAUAAGGUGUGCGGUGGCAUUUAGUCCAAUGAUAGAGAGCUUCAAAUUUCUCAUCUGAUUUGGGGAAAUCAUUCUUGCUACGCAUGCACCAAAGUCACACAAAUUCACACCGCGGCAAGGUUGACUGUGUCAUAUGUACUACCAAUACUGAUGGAACAGCAGAUCCACAAAAUUUUACACACGAUCAAAUGUAAUUCACAUCAUAACCAGUAUCAGUACCACCAACAAAUCAGGGUGACGCUAUUUACUAACUGCUCUUUCAAGCUACAUUGUAUCAUUAAACUUUAUUCACUAUGCAUAAUGAGGGAGAAUAAGGGGAGAGAAGAUUCCGCAUGACAAGUUGUUUUCAACAUUGAAACAACAAAUGAAUUUUCAGAGGGAAAAAUACAAAUUUCAGUCAAAAAAGUAAAAAAGAGGUGUGAAAUAGAUAAGCGCUUUUACCCACAUGCAUCUUUAAAUAUAAUAAAGACAU